AUGUCAACCCACGGGAAAGAGCCCGGAUCCCAGGCCUUUCCCCAGGUCCGCAAUCUGGAGAUUCGAGGAACCUGGGAUGGUGAGGUCAGUGGGCCAGCACGGCUCAGGAUUUCACUCGAGGUUCAUUGUAUCCCAAACACUCAAAUACAAGUCUUAGAUACCAGGCCCGCUAGUGUUCUCUUUGACUCAGCCUCUGGUCAUUUUCAAUCUGAAUCGGGUCAGAACAGCCAGCCCAGCGGGUGUUCUCAUCGAAGCUCUCUCUCUGAACUUUUUGAGUCGAUCAAUCCUGAGAGUGAAGCGGCUCCCAUGAGUCCCAAGGGAUUUUCUAGGUUGCUUGACACCGCCAAUGAACAUUCAUUACCUGAAGCUUGUGACGAAAUGAGCUCUUCAUCUCUCCCACCCAUUCCAGUCCAUGAGAAUAUAGCCACCAGGGAGGUAUCCUUCUGGCCUACAGAACGCUUCCCUGACCUGUGCCCUAACUUUACUAAACGUGAUGAUCAUACCAGAAUGCUAAAUCUCGGGAAAAGAAGUGCUACAGAUGCUUGCCUAUCAGAUGCUGCAACAGAUGAAGAGGGCGACCAACCUGGCCAAAAAACUCCACCUAAGGACGCCAUCCACAAAUCCAAUAUCUCAGACCGCCAUCUAUGUAUCCAAUCGAACUUAGUACAGCUUGACGCAGCAAACCACCCGCGACCAUGCUCUUCCCAAGGCAAAGCUAGCAAACCGACCGCAUUGUUGGAGACAGCUGCGGAUAUACAACAGCGAUCCAGCUCAGAAGGAUGCCUUACCUGUACAUAUUACAUGGAAAAUCUAGAUAAUCAAUCCGAGACGAUGGUUGCCAGCACGACCUACGCACAAGGGGAACAAACUUUCCGCUCCACAUCGACAACUAAGAACCCGGGUAAGCUCCAAGAAAUAAACGUCAAUGAACAUGCAACAGUGCUAGACCUAACGGGACACGCUCGGUUUAACUCUGAUUGUGGGAGCGUGACUACUAGCCAACAAAUGUCCCCUAGCUCCGAUACUACGCCAGCAGGAAAACCUGAAACUGACCUGGAACCCAACCUCUCAAUCGGACAGACUUCGUUGCUAGACAUGGAGCAAGGCGCAGGCUCCGAGGCCGAUACGUUUGAACUGGGUCCUUUAGAGGAUCAUAAUCAUUAUUCCGGUGAUACUCACAAACACGACGACUGCGAGUUUUGUGCAAGCAAGCCCGAGAUUAAGGUUAUUGAUGGCGUCCUUCUCGUUCAGAACCCGGCCAAUGUCCGCGCUGGCAUUUACAAGAUUGCCAUCAUCGUAUCUAUUUUUCUGCUCGGAGAGGCACCAGGUGGAUGGUACGACCUAGUCAUACCAGGCCUGCCUGACAUGACGACCGGAGAGAGUGGUUUCAUCCUCUUCCUUAUUCCCGAGAAAUAUGGGGUCGAAUUUCGCACGACAAAUCUUCGCAGAUAUAAGAUGAUAGAAGAUUGCUUGUUUGCUGAGUUUAUACAUAAAGGGGACCUUGUGGUACCUAUGCGAUCUUUCGACCAGCUGAAUUAUGGCAUUGUCAAGGAUUUUGUUUUGGACCAUGAAAUUAAGGCCAGUCCUUUAUUGAACUCCAUUAUAGAUGGAAAUACCUCUACACAGCCAGGCCUGUCGGUGAGGUACCACGCAAUAUGCUCCCUGAGAUUGCAGCAACGUUGUUUCUGGGCUGAGAAAUGCUGCUUCUUUCUCAAACUAGACGGUGGGCCAGAAGGUUAUUUCCAGUGCCGACUUCAACCCCAUAAUGUGGGCAUACAGAUGAUCACCUUGCCUGCAAAUGGCGGCUCAUCUUCUAUCGGUGUUUCUCGCCUACGAAUCAUAUGUUCACCAAGAGAUUUCGGGGUGUUCUGCAUCACUUGGCUAGUCAACAUCUCUUUCACAGCAAAUCACUGGUUGCCACGAGUUCACCCGGGAACCACCUCUAAUGCAAAAGAACGAAGUAGAAGCCAACUUCGAGCUACAUUUGCUAGAAUGCAUGUCGACGUGGUCACUAAAGAAGAAGGCUACCGAUGUAUCAUUCCGACACUUGAAGGAAAAGAUGAAGUUGGUCCACAAACUGUCGAAGCAUGGGUUGACUGUGAUGAAUCUGAACGCCCCGAACAGCCGUCUCACUCUCAGCAUAAGAUUCCAUCAGUCAACGAAAUACCAGAGGCAUUAGGAGUCGUGUGGACGUCAGUCACUGAUUCUUUCCCAACCUGGAUAACAUCACAAAAAGGAUUGCUGUUUCUCAUCCUUGGUGUUUCCUUUACGGUCUGUGGCACGCUAGGAUUCCUCAUACUCAGCCAUGCAUAUUCUAAAGUUCUUCAUUACCCUUGGAAUGCAACCACUCAAAGAAAUCUUCACUUACUUGAUGAAUCGGAAAUAGAUGGGCAAAUUCUGGGCGGCGGUGAGCCGGGCCUCGAAUGCAACUUUGUUGAACAUCUUUUCAAACAAACCCCGGGCAGCAUUGGCAGCGCGCUGCGAUUCAAGGGUGAUGAUACUAGUGACAAUGUAGUCUCGAAUGACCAGGAACCGGUCGGUGUCGUAGAAAGCUGCAAGGAACUUGAAGAGCAAGUGGCGGCGGAAGACCAGAGCGCACAGACAGUUGAUGCACCAGGAGCGGAAUUGAGUCCAGUGUUAGGUAAAGAAUUCGCCUUGAGAGAUAAGAUCGAUUAUCUUCUGGGAUGGAAAGGGCCCGUUGAACACGCGGCAUGA